GGUCAAGAUGGGGUUUAUAUUUUCAAAAUCUAUGAAUGAAAACAUGAAAAACCAACAGGAGUUCAUGCUUAUGAAUGCUCGACUUCAGAAAUCAUGCCAUUUUCCACUGCCAAAAAUGCAGAUACCUUAAAUAUGAGGAUGGAAUUCAUUCCUGCCUUGCCACAGGAGCCGAAGACAACACUGAUUGAGAGGCAGCCGUUAUUGAAAGAGCUACUACAACAAGCUACAUCAAAGGAUAUAAAUCUUAACUUUGAAGAAUUUAAGAAAAAUAGACUCCAUAGACAAAGUGAAGCAGAAAACAAAAGUCUUUCAGAAUUAAAAAACAUACGCUUAAUUAAACAUUUCCUAAAAAAGCGACAGGUCCCUUCCUUAUUAUCUCACAAGUGUUGUUAUGUAGGCUGUACCAAAAAAGAGGUGGCUGUCUUCUGCUGAGAUGAAGCUAACUAUAUUUCAUCACAUGAAUUCUCAAUGACACAUGCACUGAUGCCUCCA